UGAAAGUUAAAUAUUUUAAAAAAAUAUUUUUUUUGAAUUUCGCGCUCUGCCUUUUCAGUGGAAUGUGGGGGGGGUGUGCCGCUAGCGGCACCCUCAUCCUAGACAGGUUAACGUUUGAGAAUGGAAAUUACUGGUUGUUUUGAAGGGAAUUAAUGUAUUGAGAACAUGUUUCAAUAAGACUUUUAACCUCUCUGCGCACAGAUCCCUUUAGCGGGAUCAUUUCCCUAAACAACCGCUGAAUUGCAGGGCGCCAAAUUCAAAAAUAUUACAAAAAAUAUUUAUAAUCAUGCGAUCAAAAGUUAAAUAUACCAAAACACAGCUUAGCUUGUUUUUAAUCCACCUAUCGUGUCAGAUUUUGAAAAUAUGCUCAUCAGAGAAAGAAUUCCAAGCUUUUGUGAGUGUAUCAAUCAAUGCUACAACAGCUAGCCCCAAAUUAGCAUGGUCACGAAAGUCAGAAAAGCAAUAAAAUUAAUCGCUUACCUUUGAUAAUCUUCGGAUGUUUGCACUCACGAGACUCCCAGUUACACAAUAAAUGUUCUUUUUGUUCGAUAAAUAUUACUUUUAUAACAAAAAAACGGCAUUUAGGUUGCGCGUUAUGCUCAGAAAACCAAAGCCUCAUUCCGUUCGACAAAAAUUCCCAAAAGUAUCCGUAAUGGUAGUAGAAACAUAUCAAAUAAUUUUUAUAAUCCUCAGGUUGUUUUUAACAAACAUAAUCGAUAAUAUUUCAACCGGACCGUAACCUAUUCAAUAAAAGAGAAAAUGAAAAUGGAGAGCUUCCCUCUCACGCACAGGAACUAUUCAGAGGACACCUGACUACUUUUGAAAAAUCUCGUAAAUUUUUCAAAAUAAAAGCCUGAAACUAUGUCUAAAGCCUGGUCACAGCCUGAGGAAGCCAUUGGAAAAGGAAUCUGGUUGAUACCCCUUUAAAUGGAAGAAAGACUGGCCAGGAAACACAGAUUUUUAAAAAAGAAUAUCACUUCCGGGUUAGAUUUUCUCAGGUUUUUGCCUUUUGUUAUACUCACAGACAAUAUUUUGACAGUUUUGGAAACUUUGGAGUUUUCUAUCCUAAUCUGUAAAUUAUAUGCAUAUUCUACGAUCUGGACCUGAGAAAUAGUCCGUUUACCUUGGGAAAGUUAUUUAAAAAAUAAAAAAAGAUAGAUUGAGUUUUGUUCGGGAAGUAUUCAGGCCCCUUAACAUUUUCAAUAUUUUGUUACGUUACAGCCCUAUUCUAAAUUGUAUUACAUCAUUUUUUUCUCAUCAAUCGACAAAGUACCCAAAAAAUGGAAGCAUCUACUUUACUUAAGUGUUCAGACCCUUUACUCAGUACAUUUACAUUUUACAUUUAAGUCAUUUAGCAGACGCUCUUAUCCAGAGCGACUUACAAGUACAUACAUUCAUACUUUUUUGUACUGGCCCACCGUGGGAAUCGAACCCACAACCCUGGCGUUGCAAGCGCCAUGCCCUACCAACUGAGCCACACGGGACUACAGUACUUUGUUGAAGCACCUUUUGGCAGCGAUUACAACCUCAAGGCUUCUUGGGUAUGAUGCUACAAGCUUGUCACCUGUAUUUGGGGAGUUUCUCCCAUUCUCUGCAAAUCCUCUCAAGCUCUGUCAGGUUGGAUGGGGAGCAUCACUACACAGCUAUUUUCAGGUCUCUCCAGAGAUGUUCAAUCGGGUUCAUUGAGACUUGUCCCAAAGCCACUCCUCCGUUGUCUUGGCUGUGUGCUUAGGGUUGUUGUCCUGUUGGAAGGUGAGCCUUCGCUCAAGUCUGAGGUCCUGAGCGCUCUGGAGAAGGUUUCAUCAAGGAUUUCUCUGUACUUUGCGCCGUUCACCUUUCUCUUGAUCCUGACUAAUCUCCCAGUCCCUAUCGCUGAAAAACAUCCCCACAGCAUGAUGCUGCCACCAACAUGCUUCACCGUAGGGAUGGUGCCAGAUUUCCUCCAGACGUGACGCUUGGCAUUCAGGCCAAAGAGUUCAAUCUUGGUUUCAUCAGACCAAAGAAUCUUGUUUCUCAUGGUCUGAUAGUCCUUUAGCUGCCUUUUGGCAAACUCCAAGAGGGCUGUCAUGUGCGUUUUUAAGAGUGGCUUCCAUCUUGCCAGUCUACCAUAAAGGCCUGAUUGGUGGAGUGCUGCAGAGAUGGUUGUCCUUCUGGAAGAUUCUCCCAUCUCCACAAAGGUACUCUGGAGCUCUGUCAGUGACCAUCAAGUUCUUGGUCACCUCCCUGACCAAGGACCUUCUCCACUGAUUGCUCAGUUUGGCUGGGUGGCCAGCUCUUGGAAGAGUCUUGGUGGUUCCAAAUUUCUUCCAUUUAAGAAUGAUGGAGGCCACCGUGUUCUUGGACUUUCAAUGCUCCAGACAUUUUUUGGUAUCCUUCCCCAGAGCUGUGCCUACACACAAUCCUGUCUCAGAGCUACAGACAAUUCCUUGAACCUCAUGGCUUGGUUUUUGCUAUGACAUGCACUGUCAACUGUGGGUCCUUUUUAUAUAGACAGGUGUGUGUCUUUACAAAUCAUGUUCAAUUAACUGAAUUUACCACAGGUGGACUCCAAGUUGUAGAAACAUCUCAAGGAUGAUCAAUGGAAACAGGAUACACCUGAGCCCAAAUUUCGUGUCUCAUAGCAAAAGGUCUGAAUACUUCUGUAAGUAAGAAUAUGACCCUGCACUGCCACCACUGUGCUCUGGUGACCAGCUCCAGCCACGUACUGGGCAGCGGGGCCGGACCGGAAAUCGACCGCACCCAGUGUGUGAUCCGUAUGAAUGACGCCCCCACGACAGGGUUCGAGCGUGACGUGGGCAACCGAACCACUCUCAGAGUGGUGGCCCACUCCAGCGUGUUCAGGGUGGUCAGGCGGCCCACCGAGUUUCUCAACCACACGGAUCAUAAAGCAAACUCCGCGGUCAUAUUCUGGGGACCGCCCACCAAGAUUGGUAGAGAAGCUAAAGGAACGCUGUACCGUCUGAUCCAGAGAGUGAGCAUGACCUACAGUAACCUGUCCAGCUUCACAAUCACGCCCAGCAAGAUGCAUAAGUUUGAUACACUCUUUCAGAAAGAGACUGGGCGAGACAGAGCGAAGUCUCAGUCCUGGUUGAGCACUGGCUGGUUCACCAUGGUGAUCGCCAUAGAGAUGUGUGACAAUAUUAAAGUGUACGGGAUGGUUCCACCCAGUCACUGUGGAAGCAUGACGAAGACUUUUGGGUCGAAACGUUGCACUGUAAAACAGCGAGGGGAGCAUUCGACUGUGUGCGGAAAAAAGCCCCAGCCCAAGAAGAUGCCCUACCACUACUACAAGCCCAGGGGCCCAGAAGAGUGUGUCACCUACCUGCAGAACGAGAAGGGCCGAAAGGGGCCCCACCAUCGGUUCAUCACGGAGAAACAGGUGUUUGCACACUGGGCCAAGCAGUAUAAUAUCACCUUCACUCACCCCACAUGGUGAGAUGACUGGUUCCUCUCACAAGGUAUGCCCCCUUCUCUGAAUGGUAGUAAUUGUUCUUGGGAAUUACUGUAGCCCUGUGAUGACUAAGUAUUUCUUUCACAUAUGAAGCUGUGAGCUUGGUUUGUAACCAGUAAUAUAAAUUAGAAAUGUGUUUUUUAUUUUACAAAGCUAGCUACAAAAAAGUGUCAAAUCUAAGUUUUACAGGAGUUAAUGCUGUUUUUCUGUGUACAGUAGAAAAAUGAAAUUCCACACUCUUGCUGUACACAGAAAACAACUAUAACUCCUGGAAACAUUUGAUUUUAUGCUUUUUUUUUAUAGCUAGCUUUAUAAAAUAAAAAACACAUUUCUAAUUAUAGGGCAACUGAUGUUUAUUGUAAAUAGAAACGACAACAAAAAUAUUUUUACAUGUUUUUAAUGUUUGUUUAAAAAAAGUCCUCAAAAGCAAAUGUUAUAAUACAAUAUAAUAUGAACUUUCUCAUACUGAGGGGAGAUUGUAUUAUCCAAGACGUUAAAGGAAUUCAUUUCAGAGACGUAUGCUUAUAGACAGUAUGGCUCAAAUUAGGUGACAUGUUUGUUGCAUUACGUUAUCCAAUCAAACCUUGUGUGGCUUUCACUUAACACAGUAAAAAUGCCAACAUCAGAACACUUUAAGCUUACAUUUAUAGCACUAUAGGUUGGCUCGUGCCAACCCAAUGGAAUCAUAACAUGCCUGUUGAAUGUAGGGGUGUGUGAGGUUCAGGCAUUCACACAACUGUGCUGUCCUGGAUGCAGAGUUCAUUUUAUCCUGUCAAACCAUGACACAGACAAACAUUGUCUCGUCAUCUUUGACCCUUUACCUCUGUGACAUCCCGAGGCAUGCAGCUGUUAGAGUUUGAACGAUCCAAAAGAAUGUAUUGCGUUGUUUGUUAGCAUUGUGCAGAUUGACUUGUUAUUCUUCAUGAAUGUUCUGUAAUGUGUGUCUUGAGAACAAAUAACAUUUGAAAAAAGAUGCAUGUACAUGACGUUUACAUUUGCAUGGAAUCCUAUACACGGGAUAGUAGAAACAUAAGACAAAAGGGUAACAGUGGAUAUAGAUGGAACACACCUACUGACCAGAUACAAAAGACAAGGAGUACCACCAAGAAUAUCUCAUGAUUCUUCACUUGUGCUGUGAUCUUCUAUCCUUGAAUAAAAAAUGCUGAUGGCACAGAAUGUCCAUUCAUUUGA